AUGAGCAAAUCAAACGAUCUUUCUCCUACAUCCAGUAGCGUGGAUUUGAAGGAGACGGUCGAUACUUCCAAAAUGACGCCUCAGGAGAUCAAACUGCUCAAAAUGUAUGGCAAGAUGCCUUCCAAAAAGGACCUUUUUAAGCACAAGUUGCAAGAAAGAAAAUAUUUCGACAGCGGUGAUUACGCACUAAACAAGGCGGGAGUGAAAUCGGACGAUUUGCAAUCGAAUUCCAUAGGAAACAGCCAUUUACCGGUGACAAACCCCAGCGGGCUUAGGGAAAGCAUUAUAAAGCGGAGACUCAGCAGCAGUGCUGGCGCACUCGAUUCCCAGGAUCUUCAAAGACAAGGCAGUAUAUCCAGCGGACCUCCGCCAAGAUCGCCCAAUAAGUAA